AUGGAUCCCUCUCCGACAAAUUCGCAUCCGACGAACGGUACCAGAGACAUGCCUAUCAAGCGUUAUAUAACAGGCCAUGAUCGUGAAAUCGGGGAAAGCAUUUAUGUCGACGCCCCUGAACUACACUACUUCCCAGUGCCAGGUUUUGGCACAGCAGCCCGCUCCUAUGCAACAGCGAAAUUGGCACCCGACCUCACAGAUGACGAGGAUUUAAAGGCGCAUCUAUCGCAUGAGUCGGUUAUGGAACUGGGAGGUGCCAAUGUCGUGAAUCUAGAUCUUGACCCUGGUGCGGUAGGGCAUAUGCACAGGACCGUGUCUCUGGACAUCUCGACCUGCGUGAUGGGUGAGGUCUACCACGAACUUGAUAGUGGACAAAAGGUUCUACUGAGAGCUGGGGACCAUAUUAUCCAGCGUGCAACCAUGCACAGGUGGAUCAACGCCUCCAAAGAGCACCGCGCUCGGGUAAUCGCCGUUCUCCUUCCUUGCCCACCUUUCAAACUCAAGGAUCAAUACGUGGAAGAGGAGCACAGAUUCAUUCAACAGUAG